AGUAGUUCCGAUGGAAACUUUUCUAAGUGAUCCAGUGUUUAGUCUCUGAUGGGAAAACAGGUGACGCUUUGGGCGCUGCUGAGUGCAACAGCAGUUGCCAUGGUGGAGAUUCAGGGUUCAGACACCGUCUGGGUGAAGAGUGCCGGCGGUCAAAGCUGCGAAUUGGCAUGCAAGGCCAGAGGUGGAUGCAAGGAAGAUGUUUGGCCGACCACAUUGGAAGAGUUCCACGAGAUGCUGGCGGAGUCAGGAUACGUCUGUGUUGGCAUCCAACCGGGUGGUGCCAAGUACGAUCCCAGUACUGACGGCCGCUACUGCGGGUGGCAUGGUGAGAGCGAUUCUUCGCAACCACGAUGCGCAUCCGUCGGCGAUGCUGGGACGUUCAGGUUCUGCCCCUGCUAUGGAGACAAAGAACUGUGAGGCAGCAGAUCACUCAGCGCGAGUGGAGACAGCGCCCAAAAAGGGCCUCCCCAAAGCAGGGCAGAAACUCCAGGCAGAGUGGGGUCAAAAG